CAUGUCCGACCCGGAGCGAUGGGGAAGCUCGAGGACAACGAGAGGGUGAUCCUCAACGUGGGCGGCACGCGGCACGAGACCUACCGCAGCACCCUCAAGACGCUGCCGGGCACCCGCCUGGCCCUGCUCGCCUGCGAGCCGCAGGGCGCCGAGUCGCCGGGCGCCGAGGAGCCGCCGCCGCCGCCCAACCCGCCGCCGCUGCCCGGCGGCUGCCCCGACUCCGGCAGCAGCUGCAGCCCGCGCAGCAGCGGCGGCGCCAGCGAGUUCUUCUUCGACCGGCACCCGGGCGUCUUCGCCUAUGUGCUCAACUACUACCGCACGGGCAAGCUGCACUGCCCGGCCGACGUGUGCGGGCCGCUCUUCGAGGAGGAGCUCGCCUUCUGGGGCAUCGACGAGACGGACGUGGAGCCCUGCUGCUGGAUGACCUACCGCCAGCACCGCGACGCCGAGGAGGCGCUCGACAUCUUCGAGGCGCCCGACCUGCUCACGGGCGAGCCGCCCCCCGACGGCGCCGGCGACGACGACGAGCUGGCCGCCAAGCGGCUCGGCAUCGAGGACGUGGCGGCGGCGGCCGGCGGCGCUGCCGACGGCAAGGGCGGCCGCUGGCGGCGGCUGCAGCCGCGCGUGUGGGCGCUCUUCGAGGACCCCUACUCCUCGCGGGCCGCCAGGUUUAUUGCUUUUGCUUCUUUAUUCUUCAUCUUAGUCUCAAUCACAACCUUUUGCCUGGAAACGCAUGAGGCUUUCAAUACUAUCAUAAACAAAACCGAGCAGGUUGUCAAUGGCACAGAAGCCGUUCUACAGUAUGAAAUUGAGACAGAUCCAGCUCUGACGUACGUGGAAGGGGUCUGCGUGGUGUGGUUUACAUUUGAAUUUUUAGUCCGCGUUGUGUUUUCCCCAAACAAACUCGAAUUCAUCAAAAACCUGUUGAAUAUCAUUGACUUUGUGGCCAUCCUGCCCUUCUACCUAGAAGUGGGCCUGAGUGGGCUCUCCUCCAAAGCGGCUAAGGAUGUGCUUGGCUUCCUCAGGGUGGUAAGGUUUGUGAGAAUCCUGCGCAUCUUCAAGCUCACGCGGCACUUUGUGGGUCUCCGGGUGCUGGGCCACACUCUGCGAGCCAGCACCAACGAGUUUUUGCUGCUGAUAAUAUUCCUGGCACUCGGUGUUUUGAUAUUUGCCACCAUGAUCUACUACGCGGAGCGUGUGGGCGCCCAGCCCAACGACCCCUCAGCGAGCGAGCACACGCAGUUCAAAAAUAUCCCCAUCGGCUUCUGGUGGGCUGUGGUGACCAUGACCACCCUGGGAUACGGGGAUAUGUAUCCGCGGACCUGGUCGGGCAUGCUGGUGGGGGCCUUGUGCGCUUUGGCCGGGGUGCUGACCAUAGCCAUGCCCGUGCCUGUGAUCGUUAACAAUUUUGGAAUGUACUACUCCCUGGCGAUGGCCAAGCAGAAACUGCCGAGGAAGCGGAAGAAGCACAUCCCUCCGGCCCCUCAAGCCAGCUCCCCCACGUUCUGCAAGACGGACUUGAACAUGGCCUGCAACAGCACGCAGGGGGACAUCUGCCUGGGCAAGGACAACCAGCUGAUGGAGCAUAACAGGUCAUCAGUGUUAUCAGGUGAAGACAGUGCAGGAAGUGAGCAGCCACUCUCACCUGGUGAAAGGCUUCCUCCCAUCAGACGCUCUAGUACCAGAGACAAAAACAGAAGAGGGGGAACAUGUUUCCUACUGACAACAGGUGAUUACACGUGUGCUACUGAUGGAGGGAUCAGGAAAGCCUGUCUACUGUAUUCUCCAUCUGUCUCCAUACAGCACUGAGAUACUGUUAAAAUGCUCCCCUCUUUUAAGAUUAUCUAAGGACAUUUUUCUCCUUUUCUCUUUUUUUAUGUGGACUAUACAUACAUGUAUAGAUAAAUAUAUUUAUAUAUAUAUUUCAAGUGCAAGUUAGUAUCAUUUAGACUAACUCAUGUGGGCACUAUGAAGAUUUUUUGAGUGGAAUUUAGCAAUGAUUUUAUAGUUCUGACCAGUUGCCUAUUGCAUGACCAUCAAUCCUGCUUCCUAGCAACCAACAUCCAUUACAUUUUGAAACCGUAUCUCCUCUAGUGGCUUUUUCUUUCAAUCUGAACAUAUGUUUAUGCAAUAGGACAAACACCAUAGUGGAUUUUAUAUUCUGGGCUGGUGAGGAAAAAUUAUCAUAAAGCAGAUAUUUUGAACUACAUGGGGAAGACCAUAACUCACCGAAUCUUAAAAUAUCCUUGAGACUGUUGAAUAAUCCCUGAUUGUCGUGUUUUAAUUUUUGUUAGGAAGAGAAAUAUAACUUAUUGUUGACCAUGUAACAUGUUCUCCUGUAUAUAGCCUAGCCCAACAGCAUGAUCUGCAUGUCAGAAUCCUUGUAUAAUAAUGUAUUUAUCGAAGUAUACAUUUCUGAUAUUUAGAGAUGUACAUUUGUUUAGUUUUGGUAAAAUAUUGUCAAUAGAUAAUUGCAAACAGCUUUUAGCAAAGGAAUUAAUAUAAUAUCUGGUGCUGCUGUUAUAUUAACUACAGUGUUGUACAGAAUUUAUCAUGGAUUUUUGACUGCUGAAAAAGGGACAAUGGAAUUUAGCCAUACCAAGGACUGUACUGGAAAGAGACUCCUGCUGCUGAAUGGGCCCUGAUAAACAGCUCACGCCUUGAGGAGGUCACUGAGACUUUACACGGGAAGUAGAGCUUGUGAAGGAAGAUUAAAGACCGCUCGUAAUUACUGCUGCCAGUGGAAGGGGUGCCAAGUCACUGUUGAUGAGCCAGCUGUAAAUAAAAUGUGUGUGCAUGGAAUAUCAGUUUUUAUCUAUAUCAAGGAAAGCUGAGUUCAAGUCAUCAUUGCUAAGACUCCAUGCAAAGACCCACACCCCUAUGUAUAUCCUUCCUGGUUCCCGCAGUAAGCUGUGCUGUGGAUCAUACAAAGACACACACCUAUAAUGAUAGUGAUGUAAACUACAUCUGUCUUGACUUGCAUCAUAAUAUUGGUAUAUUUUGCAAAGGUCACAAAUAUGGACAGAGUAGGUUUGCAUAAAUCUUUGCUUCCUGCGUUUGCCAUGAUCUAUAUUUAUAUGAAUUCUAGCGUACAUGCCAAAUCUUAGUUUACUUUUCACUUGAUAAGAGAAAUGUGACUGCAGACAAACAUCACUGACUUUGUUCACAGCACACAGUCUUUUUUCAUUGUUACCUCAGACUAUCAAUAUUAUGAGAGAUAAAAUUCUGGCAGCAAGAAUUUCUUUUUUUAUUAAAAGUGUUGCAAACUCAACAUCAGUAAGUAUGUAAGAUGUAUUAAAAUAAUAUCCUAAAAAUGUAUAUUUUACAUAAAAGAGAUAUUCUUUGAUCAGUUACUUUUUGUGAUUUUUGUGGUAAAUGGAACAAGUCUAUUCUAUGUUUAUGAAGCAUUGUAGUGGUACGAUGUGAUAAUUACGUUCUCUCCAUCCUAUUCAAUGAGAAAUUCUCCAGAAUUUGUUUGUCACCCUGGUGUCCCGAUUGUAGGGACAUAUCCCAAUUGUGAAACUCUGUAUCGUGGAACUUCUGUGAACAUGUCAAGGUGCAUGCACAAUCCUGGUGGAAACCAGUGGAAAUGUAAUAUCUGAAUUGG